AUGAAACGGGCCUAUACGUUGGAUAAAAAGGAUUUCCUCAAAAAUGAACAUGGAGUAAAUAUCAAUAAGGGAGAGGUUCCAUCUUCCACCAUCAUCUUCGACAAAAUAAAGCUAACCGUAAAUAAGGCCGGAACAAAAAUUAACGGUGCUACAUUUAAAGAUGUCAAGAUCAUUAUCUCGAAAAAUGGUAAAAUGAUAUACUCCACGGACAAGAACAAGGAAUCCGUCGUAAGCGAAUACAAAGAACUGACCAGGAAAGCAAAAAUAGAGCAUUCAAAAACACCUGCAGCCUUAGUGGAGGAACAACUCGAACGACAAAACCUAGAUGCUCCUCAGGAACUUGUGGAUAAUGUAUUAGAAAAUAUCGUUGAAAGAAUGGAUGAUGAAUUAUCCAAUCAAAGCGAAGCUAUCGGUAAUAGUAGAGUUAUAACGGGAAACGAACUAAGGAAACUGAGAGGUAUCCUGAACGUAAAAGGAAACUUAG